AUGGUGGCGACCUCGCAAACAGGCACAGGGUUGUUGACCAACAUUUUGCGUCACACGAUUUUCGGCAUUGUGACCGUAUAUUUAGUGUUUGCCGUGUACGAAAAGACCAGCACCCGGAGCAGCGUCGUGGAAGCCACCGCAUUCGUAUCGCACACGCGCCCUGCAUCAGUCGCCAUGAACACUACCAAUCCACGCCUGCAUCGUGUGCUUUGUUUCGGAGAUUCUCUCACAGCCGGAACGUCUGGUCGGCAAUUCUUUCCGUACGCCACGUACUUGGAAAGUAAGCUGCGAUCGAUGGGACGUAGGGUUCAAGUGCAGCACUUGGGUAUGCCGGGUUGGACUGCACCGCAAAUGCUGGAACAUCUCGAUAGCAAUCGGACGGGAUUGCGACGGGCAAUUCGGGCCGCCCAAAAUCCGGGUUUCUCUUUGGUUCUGCUAUUGGCCGGUACCAAUGAUAUGGGGAGAGGAUACGGUCAAGCAGAAACAGUGGAGAAUAUUUUGCAGCUUCAUCAAGUAAACUACGACUCGGGGGUCCCGAGAACCGUUGCGAUUGCGAUUCCACCGUCGGGGUACCAGUCUGUAAACGAGCUGGCCAGGGCAUUGGCGGGUCGGAUCAACCAGGAUUUGCGUGCUUUUUGCGACACCGAAGAUCGAGCAACGUUUGUGCCGUUUCCGUUUGAUUUUGAACGUGGAGGUGCGAAUUGGUUUCAAGAUACUCUGCACCUUUCGGAAACAGGGAACAAAGGUUUGGGCGAAAGCCUAGCUCCCAUUGUAGAAAAAAUACUACAAGAAAUAGACUCGGCAUAA